AUGGACGCCUUCGCCGACAAAGUCUGUGAUGUGUAUCAGCCUGGAGAUAUAGUCAUGGUACACGACUAUCCUCUUAUGAUGCUGCCUCACAUCCUCCGAAGUCGCCUACCAAACAUCUACCUCACUUUCUCUUUGCACGCCACCUGUCCCUUUUACACACCUCCCGCUGCAAGCUUGCGGCCACUGUCCAAAGUGCUUGCCGGUGCCCUCGGCGCGGAUAUCAUAUCUUUCCAGGCACCCAUACACUUUGAGACUUAUCUAGCAUGGUGUGCUCUAGAGCUUCCUCAAUGGGCCCCGUACAUGGCUUCUCCGGCAGCAGACGUAGCAGAAUCGUGUGCCGUAUAUCCAAUGGCCAUUGACAAAUCUCAGGUCAUACCAAGAGCACGGGGCGAAGCCAUCGGCAUAUGUAACUCUCUGCUGAACUUUUUUGAGGGCAAGAAGAUUAUCGUUUCAUACAGCACGGUUGACUUCAGAAGGGAGAUGAUUUUUGUGACACAGGCACUCAAUCGACUUGAGGAGCUAUUCCCCCGGUGGAGAGGGAAGGUGGUCUUGCUACAGAUUACAAGUGUUCCAUGGUUCUCCAGAUACGAAGAGGCCAACGGGUUAUGUGUCAACCUGGUCCAGACCCUAGCUGACCAACGCAAUAGCCCUGGCCCUCGCAAGAUGUUCACAGGGCGGCUCUCAAAAGCCGAAUACUACGCUCUGCUGCGAGUCUGUGACACAGCCAUCUUCCCCUUUGCGCGUGGGGGCCUGAUGAAGGCAGCGCUGGACUUCGUCGCCUGUCAGCGAUCCGGCAACAAACGGCCUGUCAUAUCAGAGAUCAACCCGCUGAGAUUCCAGUUGCCUGCCGCGAUCCUAUUUCCUCAGGGAGAUGUCGACGGCAUCGCAUGGGCAUUGAACCGUGCCUUGGAGUGCUCUGACCAGUCGGCGAUGGAACCACUCGAGGGUUUGGAGCCUUUCAUGUUACACUCUGCAGAGGAAUGGGAGUCAGUUGAACGUGAUGGGCUAUACCUUCCAGAAUGGAGACCAUCUGACGGAAGUGGAUGGGAUGCAAACGACGGCAGUAGAAGUGAUGGUACUUGGAGUCAAGAUACUAUUUGGAGCGAAGAUUCGAGAGGUGGUUGGAGAGGUGGUUGGAGAGAUGGUUGGAGCGGUGAUAGCGAUGAAGAUGAUUCCCGAGACGAGACGAGUCCAGAGCCUGAUGACGCUGAUGACGAGUUAGAUAGCCUUCCAUCUCGGGGACGACGACCCAGUGCGGAAUCUGAGGAUAUUCAAAGUAUGCGACCUCUGUUGUACAUCUCUGAGAGGGCGCGCUCGGCUUAG